AUGAGUAACCAGACAGCACCAGAGUGUCUCAUCCCUCCAGCAGAGUACCAGCUCUACUUGUUCCCAGUUGUCUACAUAUUUGCUCUGGUCUUCGGCCUCCCGGGAAACCUUGCUGCCAUCUACGUGUUCAUUUUCAGAGUCACCCCGCGCACCGCCUUCAGUAUUUACAUCAGCAGCCUGGCCCUGGCAGAUGUUGUCAUCCUGUGUACGCUUCCCUUCCGGAUCCAUUACCACCUCAAUGGAAACAACUGGGUGUUUGGCGAUGUCACCUGCCAAAUCACAGGGAUCCUCUUCCACGCCAACAUCUACACUAGCAUUUGCUUCAUGACGUGCAUCUGCUUGGACCGCUACAUGGCCACGGUGCAUCCACACACCUACUUGAAGCUGAGGAGGCCUCGGUACGCUCUGUUCACCAGUAUCGUCCUAUGGGUUGUCGCAGGAGUAGCUGUUGUGGUCUUUAUCCUCAUGGGACCUUUAGAGACUAACGGAGACAAAUCAGGGAGCCACAGCUGCUUUGAGAACUUUGCCGCCCAUGAGUGGAGCUCCCGUCUGUUCCCUUACAGCCUCCUGGUAAUUUUCUGCUCCCUUCUGCCUUCCGCAACCAUCUUGGUUCUCUACUCAAUAGCCGCCAGGCGCAUUUCCAGGAUCCAUACAAAGAUGGCCCAGCGAGCCGUGAGGGUCAUAUACAUCACUCUAGCCAUCACACUGAUUUGCUUCCUGCCCAACCAUGUGGUUUACCUGCUGCACCUGCUUCGCCGCAUGAAAGUCAUCCAGAGUUGCCCGCUAGCAAACGCAAUCUACAACGCAAGGAGGGGCACCAUGGCCCUCGUCAUCCUCAACACAUGCCUGGACCCUUUGCUCUACUACGUCACCACCAGCCACUGCGCUUGCAAACCACCGAGGUCUUGGUUUAGACUUCGGAGGCGUCGAGUUAUUUACACCAUCACGGUGUGA